AUGAAGUUCUUCAAGGCCCUCGCACUCCUCGCCACAACCCUGUCCCUGGUCCUCGCCCAAGAUGCCACUACCGACUCUGCCCCCACCCCAUGCAUGCUCUGCCUCCAAGACUCCAUCCAAUCCCUCCCAGCCUGCACAACCGUGAAGGUCGUGAUCGGAGAGAUGGAACCAGCCUCGGACCCCGCCUAUGCCGCAUGUCUUUGCUCCUCCCUCGACGGUGCCUGGAUCGACAAGUGCACGUCGACCUGUAGCCAGGAUGUGCUGUCGUUCAAGAACGCAUAUGCUGAGAAUAUCCAGGCUGCUGGGUUGAGUUGUGGUGCUCAGCCUACCUUUAUCCCUGUCUCUUUUGCUUAG